UUAAAGAGUUCCAAAAAGAGUUGAUGGGCUUAAUGUGUUGUAAUUGCACAAUGGUCUCCCAGCAGGGGUGCAUUUCAACCUUCGAUAUUUUGGAUGAAAUAGCUUUUGAUGACUGCACAAAAAUAGUCCACUACACAGUUUAUUAUAAUGAAGAGGAGUGCGAAUUGAAAUGCACAUGUGCUCUAUUUGAGAUGAGGGGAAUUUUAUGUAGGCAUGCACUUAGAGUUUGUCAGUUUAAGAGGAUUAGUGUGUUGCCAGAAAGAUAUGUCUUGGAUCGAUGGAGAAAGGACGAGAAACGGAGAUAUACAUUGAUCCCAAGUAGUUAUGAUGACUGUCGGGCUAGUGGAGAUGCACGGAGGUAUGAGAUGGUGGUUAAACGAUGCAUGAAACUAGCAACAAAAAUAUCCCCAAGUUCUGAGCGUGUGAAUGCUUUCCUGCGGUAUGUCGAUGACUUUGAUUCGAAAUGUGAUGAUGAAGAUGUACGUCGAUGCAACAAUUCUGAAUCAACCGUGGUCGGCCACAGCAGUUUAACGGAUAAGGGAAAGAAGCUAUUAAGCCCCCAUGUGGUCCGAGGGAAAGGGAGACCCCCAAUUAAGAGAAAGGUUCCGCCAUUGGAGAAGUUGGCAACAAAGAGAAAACGGAAAACGACUUGCAGGCUGAUAUUUGAGAAUGAAACAACAUUCUUGAACAGCCCGGCAUCUCAGCUAGAUGAGGGAGUUGAACGUGAUGCGGGAGUUGGUGAUAUGGGAACACAAAACAGUGUUCUCACACAAGGGCUGCCAUUGGGGAAUGAUGAGGUGUUAUACACAUUGUUCUACCUCUCACACUUUCUGUUAAAUGCAUUUUGGUCGAUGACUGAGUUAAUCUAGUUGGUUGGUUGUUUAUUUAUUGAAAGGUAAACUUGAUACUGUAUAUUAAUUUUUUUUUCCAGAUGGGUGACCAUUUUUGAUGUGGUCUAAUGCUGGAGUCAUCAUGGAUAAUAUAUGUGCUCUAUUUUGGAUGGGUGACUGUUGUGUUGAUUUUUCAGAUGCAUGACCAAGUGGAAAAUGUUGUGUAAUUAUGGACGGAGUUUUUGGAACAUUUCUAUUAACCACUUGUGAUGAACAAUAAUUUAUAGUGCAGUGGGGUAUGAAAAGGGGCCGAUGGUUAACAAAGCUUUUGGAGAUAUGUAACAGGGGUGGCAGUAUGAAGAGUAGGUUGCUAUGGAAAAUAUAGGUGGUACAAAGUUGAAGAACUACUUGGGAUCAUUUUGUUGAUCUUCAACUCAGGAGGGAGAUAUGUCUUGGUUAGGCGGCUUUAAGAUGCACGGCAACAUAUGUAGGCGACAACUUUCUGGAUCCAUGCAUUUGUUUUUUGGGCAGAAGAGUAGCACUGAAUUGAUUUUUGGGAAACACAAAGUCACCCAUCUACGUGAUUAUGAAUUUUAUAGAACAAAUUUAAUGAUCCGAAUGUAUUUAACUUUCUGUUGGCUUAUACGUAUGACUUGGAUGUAAUACAUUUAAGUUUGAUUCUAAUGUAUGCAAGUCACGGUAGUGCUA